CGCGCGCCCGCCUAGAAGGCGCCGGACGGCUGGGCGGAGGGUAGGUUCGUGUGCGGCGACCCUCGCGGGAGUAAGAUGAACGGGACGCGGAGCUGGUGCACCUUGGUGGACGUGCACCCCGAGCGCCCGACUGCGGGCAGCGUGGACAUUCUCAGGCUGACUCUACAGAGUGAACUGACAGGAGAUGAACUUGAACACUUAGCCCAGAAGGUGGGCAGGAAGACCUAUGCCAUGGUGUCUAGCCAUUCAGCCAGUCAUUCCCUGGCCUCAGAACUGGUGGAGUCCAAUGAUGGACAUGAGGAAAUCAUUAAGGUGUACCUGAAGGGGAGGUCUGGAGAUAAGAUGGUUCACGAGAAGAAUGUCAACCAACUGAAGAGUGAGGCCCAGAAUUGCCUGCAGAAGUUCCAGGAGGACAUAAGUAGCAAGCUUGACAGAGAUCUAGGAGCUUCUCUUCAUGGUCAGGAACUACAGGUGGUGUUAGAAAAGCCAAAUGGAUUAAAUCCAGGCCCCACGACCCUGUAUAGCAGCCCACCUGAGGUCGACGGCUAUAUAAAUGAAGAUGUCAAGAGCUUGAGGAAGACCGUGCAGGACCUACUGGUCAAGCUGCAGGAGGCUGAGCGGCAGCACCAGUCAGACCGUGUGGCUUUUGAGGUCACACUCAGCCGGUACCAGAGAGAAGCAGAACAGAGUCAAGUGGCCCUUCAGAGAGCGGAGGACAGAGUGGAGCGGAAGGAGGCAGAUGUCGGAGAGCUCCAGAAGCGCUUGCUAGGCAUGCAGGCGGAGCAUCAGGCCUUACUGGUGAAGGUUAGGGAAGGGGAAACAGCCCUGGAGGAACUUCGGAUCAAGAACACUGACUGCCAGGCAGAGCGAGAGAAGGCUGCUAACCUGGAGAAGGAAGUGGCUGGGUUACGGGAGAAGAUCCACCACUUGGAUGACAUGCUUAAGAGCCAGCAGCGGAAAGUCCGGCAGAUGAUAGAGCAGCUCCAGAAUUCAAAAGCUGUGGUCCAGUCAAAGGACACCACCAUCCAGGAGCUUAAGGAGAAAAUCGCCUACCUGGAAGCAGAGAACUUAGAGAUGCAUGACCGGAUGGAACACCUGAUAGAAAAGCAAAUCAGUCAUGGCCACUUUAGCACCCAGACCUGGACCAAGACCGAGAACCUGGGCAGUGGGAGGAUAUCCAAGCCCCCCAGCCCGAGUAAGCCCAUGCCUCUCAUCCGAGUGGUGGAAACAUGAGCGAAGGAGCCGAACACUGCUGCUGCUGCCGCCGCCUCUCGCCUGUGGAGAAGCCCAAAACCCCUGUAGGCCGUUUCCCCGACUUUGACUUCCUGACUAGUCCCUGGCUACGCUGAGGGCUUUUGGUUCAUGCAUCCUGCUGUUUCCAAACUCCUGUCCCUGGGAUGCUGGGCCGACAGAGGAUGAACAGCUCCUGGUCGCUACAGCCCUUGGGAGGACGUGAACCCACCAGCAAGAGCCAGGGCAAUAUCCUUAUUUUCUCGUUCCUGUUUUUCUCUGUAGUGGAGCCUCCCUUCUCUUGUAGCCUGGGGUCAGCUGCCUCCAAACCCACCCCCUCGCUGGGUCAGGAGAGGUGACAAUAUUUGCCUCCCCCUAAGAGCCAGAGGCACCGAUGUCCACCUCACUGGGAGGGAGUCCCGGGGGAAUGAAAUUCCCUCUACAAACACAGAUCAGUUCUUAGUAACACAUUGUUUGUUUUUCUACUUGCUCCACCCUCAGCCCUGCCACCCAGGCCUGCAGAUUGACAUGGGGGACCUGUCAUGGCCUGGGCCAAGUCAGUGAGCCUCAGCUUUGACUGGCCAGCCUGGUCCUCCUGGGAGAAGGAAAUGUACAUUCCAGGAGUAGCUCUUAGUGGACAGAUACUGUAGGGCCAAGGAUAGUCGUGUGUGACUUCUCUCUGCUGGGAAGGCUCCCAACAUCUUUUCGGGUUUCCUCCUAAGAUGCAGUGAGUGCAAGAUACACCUCAGUCUUCUUGCUCAAGAGCCUAAAAACUGUUUUCGCUGGGUUAUAUCAAUCUUUGUGAAACUCUGAUUGUAUUUAUUUUACUAAAUUAUUGGUGCUUUUCCAUACAUCCCACAAUUGAUUUAAUACCAGAGUCUUACAGCCUUCUCUUGUGGUGUUUGGAUUUGCUCCAUGCUGAGAAAAAUGUGUUCCCAAUGGAAGUAAACCUUUUUCUUUUUCUUCUGCCUGCUUCUCUUCCUUCCUCCUCCAAACCUGAUCUGACCCUCAGGAGGGCAAGCAUAUUUACCCUGAGGCUUUGGAGUCUGACGGUAUGUUGUCUGGGGGAAAGGGGUGAUCAGGACUCUUUGGGGGGAGUGAUUGAAUUCUUCCCCUAAACCCUCUGCACCCUCUGCUCCACAAUCACUCUGUGUUCCUGGCUCUGAGUGACCCUGACACUCAUCGUGUUUUCCUUAGGGCUCUUCCUGCAGCCUCCAGAAGGAGAUAACCAUCAGAAUGUGGUAUUGUGGGGCACAGAAACAUUCAGAGUAAACAUGGAUCAAGUCUUCAGGUUCUAUUUGGCUCAAAACCUAGAAGCCUGAUCUCUGUGUGUUGUGUAUCAGGACGGGGCUGACGUGUUGGCACUGUCCAGAAUGCUGUUCUGGUGUUCCUCACCCACAUUCCUCAUCUGUAAAAUGAGGGGAUCAGACCAGAUGAUUUCGAUAGGCCCUCUGGUUCUGAUGUUUUUUUCCCAUGGCAUAUUCUUUGUAUGGCAAACUUAAUAAAAUUGUUAAUGUGUCUCUUU